CUGGUAUGCGAGAGGUUAGAGUUGAAAGUUGAUAGGGGCUACAAGGCUGUCAGUUUGUAGAAGGCAAGCUUUGAGGUAGAUUUGUACUAUCGCUGCAGUAAGAGGAACGGAUUGUAUUGCUUAUGUGAUUCACUCCUUUUUUUAAGAGCAUAUAGGUCUUGGAACUGCCUCCACAGGUUGUACAGUUAUGACUGCUAACGAGGAUCAAGAGAUGGAGCUGGAAGCCUUGCGUUCCAUUUAUGAAGGAGAUGAGUGUUUUAAGGAACUGAGCCCCACCUGUUUUCAGUAUAGGAUUGGUGACCUUGGAAACCCCAAAGCAUUUAUUGUAGAAGUUUCUUGGCCAGAGACCUACCCAGAAACUGUACCAGUAGUAUCAAUGAAUACAUUCUUCAACAACAGUAUCUCCCAGCCAGUGAAACAGAGUAUAAUAGCUAAACUACUGGAAGAAGCAGAAGCAAACCUUGGAACAGUUAUGACAUACACGUUAUUUGAAUAUGCCAAGGAUAAUCAAGAAAAGCUUAUGGAAAACCAUGAACCUUUUAGCAGUGCGGUGAUGAUGUCAUCAGAACCUAACAGUACUACAGUAUCUUCAAAUAAUGCCUCUUCAAGCAAGAAAAAAGAAAAAAAAGAUCAGCUAUCAAAAGCACAAAAAAGAAAACUUGCUGAAAGAACAGAUCACAGAGGAGAGCUUCCUAGAGGGUGGAACUGGGUAGAUGUAAUAAAGCAUCUAAGCAAAACAGGCGGCAAAGAUGAUGACUAAAAGGUUUGUUUUCGUGAUGAUGGAUGCAUCGAUUUCUGGAAGUUUUCUGGAUUCCCAGGACUUUUAAAAAGAGCUGCUGGAAUACCUUACCUUUUUCAGUCUUUCUAUAUUUAUUAACACCAUAAACAUUUUGAACUGUUUUUUUAUAAAUAUUACAUUAUAAAGUGGGUUUAGACUUUAUAUAAGACUAAAAACUGCUUUUAUCUGUUAUCAAAGACUGUCAUGUUAACAUACAUACAGACACAGUGCAGUUAUGAAAUGUAUAAACUUUCUUGGUAAUUUAACCAGUACCCUAUGUGAUGGCAAUAAAAGUACUUAGGAUAGAA